AGCCGUAACUUACGUAGAGUCUUAUCUCCGCCAUUGCCGGAACGCUAGGAAUAUUCCGUAGUUUCCGCGCUUGAAUGCGAACGGCCUCGGCUACUGUGCGCGUUCACGUUGGUGUAGAGUUUCCGUCCUUAGAAUAGCAGCAGCUUCCCGUCUCUGUUGUGUUAAAUAAAAGGGAGGCGGAAAAAAGACGAAUUAUUUUGUGCCCGUCAGGAUUUUCUUCUUAGUGUACGUAAUAGUGAGGUCGCAGCGGAAACCGCGGAUCAGAUGAAUAUAGGAGAAUAACUAAAACGUUUAACUGACCUUUAAAAAGGGCCUUUUAUUUGGAAAAUAAGGAUGUCAAAGCGGCUUCGGAACAGCGAGGUCUGUGCCGAUUGUAGCGUUCCGGACCCUCGCUGGGCUUCUGUCAACCGAGGAGUGUUGAUCUGCGACGAGUGCUGCAGCGUACAUAGAAGUUUAGGCCGCCACAGCUCACAAGUGCGACAUCUGACACACACCCCAUGGCCGCCCACCCAGCUCCAGAUGGUUCAGACGCUGUACAACAAUGGUGCAAACUCAAUAUGGGAGCACUCUCUGCUGGAUCCUGCGUCUAUAAUGAGUGGCAAACGGAAAGCCAACCCUCAGGAUAAACUGUUCCCGAAUAAAACCGAGUUUAUAAAAGCCAAAUAUCAGAUGCUGGCUUUUGUCCACCGAAUGCCGUGCCGAGAGGACGACAGCGUCACCGCAAAGGAUCUGAGCAAGCAACUGCACUCAAGUGUGCGGACUGGGAAUCUGGAAACCUGUCUAAGGUUGCUGUCACUUGGAGCCCAGGCCAAUUUUUUCCACCCCGAAAAGGGGAACACCCCUCUCCACGUUGCAGCAAAGGCUGGGCAGGUUUCUCAAGUGGAGCUACUCACUGUAUAUGGGGCAGAUCCUGGGGCACCUGAUGCUAAUGGGAAAACGCCUAUUGAUUGUGCAAGGCAAGCUGGGCACCAUGACCUAGCAGAUCGGUUGGUGGAAAUUCAGUAUGAACUCACUGACAGGCUAGCAUUUUACCUCUGCGGCAGAAAGCCAGAUCACAAAAAUGGACAGCACUUCAUAAUUCCUCAAAUGGCAGACAGGCAUGUCAGUCUGGAUUUAUCAGAGUUAGCGAAAGCAGCAAAGAAAAAGCUCCAGUCUCUCAGUAAUCAUUUGUUUGAAGAAUUAGCAAUGGAUGUGUACGAUGAGGUUGAUAGAAGAGAAACCGAUGCAGUGUGGCUAGCAACUCAAAACCAUAGUACCCUGGUAACCGAGACUACAGUUGUGCCUUUCCUACCUGUGAACCCAGAGUAUUCAUCAACAAGAAACCAGGGAAGACAGAAGCUUGCAAGAUUUAAUGCUCAUGAAUUUGCAACGCUUGUGAUUGACAUCUUAAGCGAUGCGAAGCGUCGACAGCAAGGAAGUUCUGUUGCAAGUCCGAAAGAAAAUGUGGAGCUGAUCCUUAAAAAUAUAAACAGUCGGCAUGGAAGUGAAAGCCAAGACAAUGACCAGCCGGAUUAUGACAGCGUUGCGUCUGACGAAGAUACAGACCAGGAGCCACCUUCUGCUAAAGGAGACCGGACAAAGAGCGUGGAUUCAGACUUGUCAGACGGACCGAUCACGGUGCAGGAAUUCAUGGAAGUUAAAAGCGCACUAACAGCGUCAGAAGCCAAGAUUCAGCAGCUCAUGAAAGUGAACAGCAACCUGAGUGAUGAGCUAAGACUGAUGCAGAAAAAGCUGCAAACGCUGCAAAGCGAGAACACCACUCUCAGGCGGCAGGUUACAACCAAUAACUAUCAGGUCCCGACUGGGUCCGAGUACCCAGAGCCCGCCAGCCCUUCAGCCUCAGCCCUGACGUGGCGGGCAUCCGCGCGCGGCAGCCGGCCCAUGUCUAUGUAUGAGACUGGCUCGGGUCUGAAGCCCUAUCUCCCCAAGGGAGAUGCCGCCUUCACAGAAGAGGGUAUAACCGCCCUGCAUCCCUUCACGCCACAUAUUGGGAGGAGCGCUUUUGUGACCUCCUCUUCAUCUCUCCCCUCCUUCCCUUCCAUGCUCUCCUGGUCGCGGGACGAGAGUGCGCGAAGGGUUAAGUACCUUCUCACUUGGUCUGCUCCCCGGAGGAGGCGGCGAUUCCUGCGAGAGACCCCCACUUCCUCCCGCGCCCCCCUCCCUCUGACCUCCACUUCCUUUUCCCCUGUCCUGCAGCAUGACCCAACUCUUCAUGACCUCACCUGCCUUCGCCGCCUGGCCUCAAAGAUGGAAAAGCAGAGCAGUAUACCUGACAGUGACUACGACAACACAGUGAACGACUCCGAGCUGGAAGACGUGGGACUGUGUCGGAAAGGCAAGCAGAGGAGCAGCGGUUGGCAAGGUGACGGAUCCAUCCCUGAGCUGGACGACUUAGAGGCCGAGCCAGAUGCCACCCUGCCCAGCACGGAGGACGUCAUUCGCAAAACUGAACAGAUCACCAAGAACAUCCAGGAACUUCUGCGAGCAGCACAGGAGAACAAGCAUGACAGCAGACCUUUUGAGCGUGAGAGCCUGCGAAAGCUUAGGCACAGCCUGGGCUGUUUCAGUACCCUGGUGCCCUGGGCCGAAAAAUCUUCUUCCCUGCAGCCUCUCAGCCUCCACCAGCCUGACCCUGCCUCCUGUUUUAUACCAUGCUCGGAAAGAAUACAUGUGGCUGUGACAGAAAUGGCUGCCCUCUUUCCCAAGAAGCCAAGGUCCGAGCUGGUGCGGGGCUCCCUCAGACUGCUGACGUCCAGCGCUUACCGCCUGCAGUGUGAGUGCAAGAAGACGCUCCCGCCUGAGAGCAGCCCGGCCCCCGACAUGCAGCUGGUCACCCAGCAGGUCAUCCAGUGCGCCUAUGACAUUGCCAAGGCCGCCAAGCAGCUGGUGACUAUUACAACCAAAGAGAACAACAACUGACACGCCGUGCUGGACAAGAAGGGAGGGAACCAACUGUUACAAUUCCUUAACUGCUCCUUUAAGAGUUGAUGUGCAGUUUUUGUAUUUACAAAAUGAAUCGGAGAUACAAGUUUUGUUUUAAUUUUUUAUAGCAGUAUUAAUAUUUGCAUGUCAUUUUUUUUUAUUUAAAACUUUUAAAAACCCACACAAUUUAGCCAAAUGCCUUAUGGCAAAGCCUGUGUUGUACUUCCGUUUAAGUGGUAGUUGCCAACAUGUUUUCAUCCAAAAUGGUUUGCUAAAGCACUCCUUUGAAUUUUGUAGCCUCCUUGUGGUACUGUUGGGGCAUUCAUGCACUUCAUGUCUGUAAUGUAAUAUUGAAAAGGUGUCCUUUUGUCAUUGGAAUAAACAGAGUACAGGUAGUUCUCGAUUUA